GGGAGGGGCGAAGAACCUCCGCGGCUAGCGAUAGCAGCAGGCUACACAAACCUAUUCCAAUAUUAGCGACUCCAAUAAUACACAGGAGUGUUCUUCGAACGCCGACAGAGGACUUCGUAACACUGACUGCUUUUCUGCUCAUAACUAACCGGAGAGGUGGUAAAAAACGAGGGACUAACUCCAAAAAGAGGAAAAGCGGCCUAUUUUUGUUCCUGAUGCCGCCGCUCCAAACUGGCGCGGCUGGCGUAAAUAUACUCCGGUGCUCUCACGGGCGCUUAUUUUACUUCAACAAAGGUUUCCAUACUAUCUUUCCAUCUCCACUACCUCUUCCAGUAUACCCCCUCUUAUUAGCUAUCCUGCGCUAACUGGCUUUACCUUUAGCUCAGUGCGCUAGCAGGAGCCAAGACGGCCUGUUUUGUUUUCGCGGCGUAGCCGCCAUGAACCACAGACAACAACAGAAUCUGUGUUGCUCGCUAACAUUAGCUAUCCCUGCCUAUGUGCCCCGAAUAUGCAGGCCAAAAGGAGAGGAGCCAACUUUAGUUAAGAAUGCGAAUAAUAAAACUGCGAAUAAGGAUGGUGGAAGGAGGGAGAAUGAACGAAUAAGUUUUAACUAUUAACAUUAACAAAGAAGCAGCUAUUUUUGAAUUUGGUACGAAGGUGGCUAGCAGUGUAUAAUUGGAGGCCGGAGAAAGAGCGCCACCGACCACACCAGUGACUGUAUUGUUGUCGAAUAACCAGCGAGGUCUGCUCGCACCACGGAUUUCGUGGAAGACAUGUGAACGGACUUUGAUGAAUUUAUUCAAUUUUGAAAACAUUUUUGCUCCAGAUUUAUUUUUAUAUAGCUAGCUAUGCUAUUAAUGGGAAUUACAGAUUUAUUUUUAUGCCAUGAUGAUCAUUUGGGCAUAUUUUGUGCCAUGGAAAAGGGGGAAGCGAUAGUCUUAAAGAUGGAUUGGUUGUGAUUAUGAACACAGUAAUGUAAUGUUCAACCCGUACUACCAGAUCAUAUAUUUCAUGUGUGUGUGUUUUGUAGUUGUGAUUUGCUGCAUCACAUCAAUUUGCCUAUUUGGUGCAUAUAAUAUACCUUAGCCAAAAUAGUGCUGGUGUCAAGCUAAACUAAGUUAGCAGCUAACUACAUCACCCAUCUAUGCCCUCGACACAGCUCGCCUGCUCCCCGCCUCCUUUGGCCAAUAAUAAAACGGACAAAAAGAGAGUCGCGAGCCCCAUCCCCGCUUAACGGGAGCCACGGGACUUUCGUUGAGGUCGGACGUGUGCGUUUGUUUUGCUUUUUUCUCGGACUGGAUGUUUCUGUCUCUUGGCUGUUGAGAUGAACCCGGUGAAUGCGACCACACUGUACGUGUCCGCGUGUCGUUCGGUGCUGCAGUGCGACCCUCGCGACCCACGGGCCCUGGCGGAGCUCUACAAGCUGCUCCCGUUCUUCCGCCAGUCGCUGUCCUGCCUCGUGUGUGGUAACCUGCUGCAGGACCCCAUAGCACCCACUAACUCCCAGUGCCAGCACUAUGUGUGUCGGGGCUGUAAGGGCCAAAGGAUGCUGCUAAAGCCGUCCUGUUCCUGGUGUAAAGACUACUCCCGCUUCCAGGAGAACAGGCAGCUCUCCUUAUUGGUCCACUGCUACAGGAAACUCUGCCUCUACAUCGCCCAAUCACCGCUCGCCCCGCACAUCGCCAGUGCAGCCAGCGAUUCGCCCGACCUCCUCGCCAUUCUUAAUGAGGGCCUUUCAUUGGCCGAAAGCGGGCAGGAAGGGGAGGACACUGCGAGCCAGUCUCCCCCGACGGCCCCCUCAACGUCUGGCCUCAGACCUGAUGAGGCUCUGGCUGAAGAGGAGAGGCAGGAGGGCCUUAGCCCUAUGGGUGGGGUUAAUGGGCUGCAUGACUGUAACGGCCUGACCAAUCAGGAUGUGCCACCACCUGUUACCUUAGCUACAGGGGGAGGUGUUCUGAAGCAGGAGAGCUUGGGUGAGGAGCUACCUGUGUGUGUUGGCAUGUUAGGUAGUGGGGAGGUGGGACUUUGUGACAUAAGCACAUUUGGGGAGGAGCUUAAUAAACAUGGCGGAGAUACGCUGUUGUUGAGCGUGGAGGAGGUUCUUAGGACCCUGGAGCCCGAACCUGAACCGCCUGACCCCCAGCCAGACUUUCCCUCUGUUCCCCCCCACAAUGGAUCUUACUGCCAUCCUACCCGUGACUCCCCUUGCCUCACCCCCUCCCUCCCCCCAGAGAACAUCCCUAGACUUCCCCUGCCUCUCCCCCAGCCCAUCCCUGUUCUCUCCCGCCUACCCCCUCGCUGCCACCGCAAGCGUUCACGCUCUGAGAGCGACAGUGAGAAGGUGCAGCCCCUCCCCAUCGCCAGCAUCCUCAGAGGCUCACCCCUGAGCACCACCAACGCCUCUCACCUCCCCAACCCAGCCACCACUGUCAAACGGGAGCCCAAACUUCACUCCGCCAUCACCCCGCCUCACCUGGCACCCGUGCCCAACGGCGGGCCUCCAAAGUUGGGAAAGACAAUGCUGGUGUCAUCCAAGGGCCUGAAGAAGAGCCUGGAGCACCACGGGGGCCCUAAGAAGGCCUACUCCAAGGCCAGGCAGGGAGUCCCCAAGCCCCGCGCCCAGCCCCGUGACCGCCUGCCACCCCACGGCCAUGCUCACCCUCUCUCUCACCCUCCCAGCCCCUCCAAGCCCCUGUACAAGAAGCCGGUGGAGAAGAAGGGCUGUAAGUGCGGGAGAGCCACUCAGAACCCCUCUGUUCUCACCUGCAGAGGGCAGCGCUGCCCCUGCUACUCAAACCGCAAGGCAUGUCUGGACUGUAUCUGCCGCGGCUGCCAGAACUCCUACAUGGCAAACGGGGAGAAGAAGCUGGAGGCGUUUGCGGUUCCAGAGAAGGCUCUAGAACAGACGCGGCUCACACUUGGCAUCAACCUCACCUCCAUCACCGCUGCUGCCCUGCGCAGCCCGGCAACCAGCAACACCCCACAUGGCAACCAGCUCAUCACCACGGCAACAGGAGCAUCUGGGGUGACGGGAGUGUCCUUCCUGUCCAGUGUGGGGGCGGGUCAUGAGGACAGGGGGUUUGAUGAUUCGCUGGACAUGAGGUUCGACUGUUGAAGACAUGUCCUCCUCAGACAUUAUUGACCAAUGGGCUGUGAAGAGGGACCUAGAGGGGCGGGGUUAAGAAUAAGGCAGCUACUGUGACGGGCGGGAGAGGAAGUGUGACUAAGAAACACAUGCACACUGUCCAGCCAGCGCCCGGAAUGUGCUUUUGGUCUUACGUACUGAUGAUGGAGGAAGAGGGAUAUCGUUACUGUAUGUUCAGAGAUUUAAUUUUGUGAGGGUUAGAAGUUUUGUUUUGUACUAUCAGUGAUGUGUAGGGCAUGACAUUUCGGCCUGAGAUGGACUUGUCGCACUCUUUGUCAGAGGGGUGGUUCAGUGAAAAGUGAAUGUCCCAAAUGGCAUCCUAUUCCCUAGAUAGUACGCUAUUUUUGGUUAGGGCCUCAGUUCACUAGAUGGGUAAUAUGGUGUUUGAGGCUGGCCCUGGGUUUGCAAGACCCAGACACAGACAGACAUCCAUAGACUGGCUGUAAUUUAUGAACUUUUGUUUUUGUACACAGAACUUAUCAAAUUCCAUUUAAAAGGACAUUUUAUGAUAUAUUUUAUAAGUUACAUUAACAACAAACAUUUGCAGUAUUUAUUGGAGGUCACCUAACCUGGGUAGUGGUUGGCCACACCCACGCCAGCUGCCAGCCUAUCAGAUCCAGUGUGGGCGGUUCGUCUAAAUUAUGUCGCUGUCCUGUUAGUGCUAGUUUCUGCUGUCUCCAACUGUCCUUUGGUUUCAUUUUCCCUCUGGGCAUUCAAAAACCUGUAAUAUAAGUGUAACAUAUUUCCACAAAAAAGAAAAUCAAAACCUAAGAUGUGUCUCUCUUUUCCACACUCAAACAGAAAUCAUAUCAGACUAUUUCAAGUCCAAUAAGAUAAUCACAAUUCACUUUACAUUACUUAAAGGAAAUAGUUUCAUUAGUACACUGUUGAUAGUCACAGAAUAUUAAGCAUGUCGGUAAUUAAGUUAACUAUAUCUACAACCAGUUAGCAAGUUGGACAUUUCAGAGUUUCCUAGUUCCGACUAGCAUGUGAACGCACCAUAAAUAUCUUUGGUAUGACCCUCUGGUUCUGUUGAGUCAGCUGCAGUCUUCAGUAUCAACACUAGUUUGCGAUGUUUAGUGAUACACUGCCUGCACAACCCACAUGGUUGCAGCAGAAACUCGUAAGCUUGUUACCAGGAGGUACAUGAUGUAAUGUCCACUCAUAAC